ACUCGUCUCAGAGAGGAUCAGAAGCGCACACACAUCACAGACUCGGUUAUAAACCUGUCCUGUCCUCGCUCCGGACUCAAACACGCUUCAGGUGUAAACACGCCGCACUGGAUCCGGAUCCGACUCCGAUAUUAGCUCGGAUUGAGCCCUGGCUCUGGACACGGAUCAUUAUCCAGCAGUCUGUCUGAACGCACACAUCAGCUGAUUCUGUGUGGAGGACAAUGACUCAUAAACCCGUGUUUCUCCUCGGUUUACUGCUCGGUGUGUUCGGAGCAGACACAGAUAACACUGAGAGCGUGAGGGUCAUGCUGGGAGAUCCGGUCACUCUUCACACUGACCUGAGCACAGUCCGGAGAGACGAUCACAUCGUGUGGGUGUUUGGACCGGACAGUCCACACAACCAGAUCGCAGAGCUCAUGAAGUGGUCCUACAUGCUCUCCAUAUACGUGAGCGGAAAGAUGCCGUUCAGAGACGCCCUGCAGCUGAACCAUCAGACCGGAUCCCUGACCAUUAAAAACACCAGAUCUGAACACUCUGGACCUUACACCUUAACAAUGACCCAUGACAGAAAGACCUCCCGCAAGAGGUUUGAUGUUGUAGUCCAUGCUCCGCUCUCGGUUCCCAUCAUCAGCGCUGACUCCUCUCAGAACUCCUCCACAGCUUCAGAGCGAUCUGCAGGUCCAGCGUGUGUCCUCAUGUGUUCGGUGACCAAUGCGUCCCGGGCCACUCUGUCCUUCUUCAAGGGCAGUGAUCUGGUGUCCAGCGUCAGCGGCUCUGACUCCAGCGGCUCUCUGUCUCUUCCUCUGGAUGUGGAGUAUGAUGAUGGAAACCGCUACAGCUGUGUGGUCAAUAACUCCAUCAGUAAUCACAGCACGCUCCUGAACAUCAGCGAUCUCUGCCAGCCGCCUCCAGCUGCCUCAGACGACUCGCUGCUCUUCUGUCUGCUGCUGAUUCCUGUGGCUCUCACAGUGACCGCCGUCAUACUGUGUGUCUGGAGAAAACACAGAAAAACAGAAGAAGAAGAGCCUGAUGAGAACUGCUAGCGCUGUAGAGAGCUGUGAGGAUGACCAGCCUCGAGAGAAGAUGAAGAGACCUGCCACAGACUCUGAGAACUGUGUUUUAAUAACUAUCUGAUCUAUUUAUCGAGUGUUGAGACCCCAUCGCUCACCAAUGAUGGAAACGAUGGUCUGAUGCAAACUGUUUUUACAGAAUCCUUCGGUUGAUCUGAACUGAAGAAUUAAAGCAGCGUGGCUCGUUAUAUUGGACUUCUGUGAUGAUGCUGGAACAUUGUUGUGAAGGGAAACGUGAUUGAAGAUGUUUUAAUCCUCACUUAAAACUAUAAACUUGUUUGUAUUUUAAGAUCGUAGCCGUUGCAGUAGCUGCUCUUGUUCAGAAGGAAAAACAUUUGUCCAUUUAUCUGUUGUUCUGUCUAUAUUUCUGUUGUAAUCUUGGAUUUGUUUUAAAUAAAUUACUUAAAAUCAGU